UGACAUAUUUGGACGGCAAAACAUUCAAGAUUGAUUAAUAAGGCUUAACCCAAAAAUCAAGUUAACACACUGUAUUAUUUGCAAAAAAAAAAAAUGAAGAAUUGAAAAACGAAUGCUGGCAAACGAAAUCUUUACAAUGAACAACAACGCAAACAACAAGCUGGUAACGGUGGUCGCCACUGCUGGCUAUGGCCCAGAUACGUUGACCGAGAUCAGCUAUUUGGAUAGCAAGGUGAUUGGCAACGGCAGCUUUGGCGUUGUCUUUUAUGCCAAACUGAUGCCCAGCAACGAGCCGAUAGCGAUCAAGAAGGUCCUACAGGAUCGUCGUUUCAAGAAUCGUGAACUGCAGAUAAUGCGCAAAUUGAAGCAUCCAAAUAUUGUUGCACUAAGGUAUUUCUUCUAUUCAAGUGGGGAAAAGCGGGAGGAUGUCUAUCUGAAUCUCGUCAUGGACUAUAUGCCGGAUACGCUGUACAAAGUGGAGCGACAAUAUGCGCGGGCCAAGCAAACACUGCCCGUCAACUAUAUACGUCUCUAUAUGUAUCAGUUGUUCCGGAGUCUGGCCUUUAUGCAUAGCUUUGGUUAUUGUCAUCGGGAUAUUAAGCCACAGAAUAUGCUCCUCAAUGCGGAGACGGGCAUUUUCAAGCUUUGUGAUUUUGGCAGCGCCAAACAGUUGGUUGUUGGCGAGGCAAAUGUCUCCUAUAUCUGCUCCAGAUAUUAUAGAUCGCCUGAGCUGAUAUUUGGCGCUACUCAGUAUAAUACCAAAAUUGAUAUGUGGAGUGCUGGUUGCGUUGUGGCUGAACUCCUACUUGGUCAACUCAUCUUUCCUGGCGAUUCGGGCGUCGAUCAAAUCAUUGAGAUUGUGAAGAUAAUUGGAACUCCAACAUCACAGCAACUGAACGACAUGAAUCCCAACUACAAGCAGUUGAAGCUGCCACAACUCAAGCCGCAUCCCUGGCCAAAGGUCUUUCGCAUACGUACCCCUUCGGAGGCAAUUGAUUUGGUGUCCAAGUUGCUCAUCUAUUCACCCAAUGAACGUAUUUCACCACUGAUGGCCUGCGCCCACCCGUUCUUCGAUGAUCUGCGCAACCAACCCAACCAGCAGCUGCCCAAUGGACGUCCCCUUCCUCCACUCUUUGAAUUUUCGGAGUACGAGAGGAAAAUUGAGCCGAAACUGAUGCCAGUGCUGCUGCCAAUGGAGAGUUUUGAGAAGGCAGAUACAUCCAAAAGCUCGGAGAAUCGACGCACCGCUGGCGAGGAUUGCUCACCUCAAGUGGAUGGCAAUCAGUCGACAUUACGGAAGUCCCAUACGGGAUCUCAACUCAGGUCGCUAUCAAGAACAGCUCCGACCCUCCAGCGACUCGAACUGGGCAAUGGUGAUCAUGUGGAACCGAUGGAUUGUUUCCAGAUGAUGGACACUGAAGAGCCGGCAACCGAGGUGGCAGUUGAUAAUGAGCAAGGCGAUAGCUCUGAGGGCUCCACUUCCAGUGAUGAGCAGCAAACCGAUGAAGAUGAGGAUGAUGAAGACGAAGGUUAUGAAAAUGACGCUGGCCUUGUUAAUGAUGAUGACGAUGAUGUAGAUGGUUUGGAUGUUCCCUAAGUAUCAUUAUUGUUUGCUUUUACAUUCUAAGAACACAGCCACCAACAGCAAGCAAUAAAAAUUUAACGUAUAACGAAA